AUGCCACGUCAAAAAGACUUUGCGUGGACACAUUGCACAGCAGUUCCUGGUAGCACGAAGGUCAAGUGCAAUUGGUCUCUAGAAGAGAUCAGUGGUGGAAUUUAUCGUUUCGAAUGGCAUUUGUCCAAAGAACGAGGAAAUAACACUGUGAUAUGCAAGGCAUGCCCUGCAGAUGUCUCGUAUCAGGCAAAGCAAUCUCUUGACGGGAUUGCUGAGAGUAAGGCCAAAAAGGCAAGAAUUGGGGUUGAACUAGGUUCUAGUUCUGCAGAUCCCAGGACGAACCAUUUGGGUGAGGAGGAUGGUGAAGAUGGGAGUUUCAGGGAAUCUGGGUUGACACAUAAUUCUAUAGCACGUGGACCAAACACAGGUGGAGGAAACACUAAUGCUUUCUUCCAACCUCGUACCACACCAGGAUCACAAGCCACUUUGGAGAGUACAGGAUGGAGGAAAACUGUUGGUAUGCUGAAAGAUGCAGUAGAGGAUGUUCAAGAUGUUGUUAAACAACAUCGAUUGCAGUGGGCUAGAACUGGUUGCAGCAUCAUGUCAGAUGGUUGGACAGAUAGAAGGAACCGAACUCUCAUUAACUUCCUUGUCUCUUGGCCACAAAAUGUGGUUCAAUUUUUCACAGACAAUGCUGCUGCUUGUGUUGCUGCAGGGAGACUUCUGAUAGAUAAAUAUCCUUCCAUGUUUUUUAUACCAUGUGCAGCACAUUGCCUUGAUCUAAACCUAGAGGACAUUGGAAAAAUUGAAUGGGUUAAGGCGGCAUUUCAGAAAGCUCACAAGGUUACCAAAUUUAUUUAUAAUCACACAAGGGUUUUGGCUAUAAUGCGCUCUUUCACAGGAGGCAAGGAGCUAGUUCGACCAGGAGUGACAAGAUUUGCAACAUAUUUCCUUGCAUUACAAACAUUAUGUGAACAAAAAGGUAAUUUGAGGCGAAUGUUUGUUUCAGCUGAGUGGAUGGAGUCUGGUUUCACAACUCAAGCAAAUGGCAUAGCAGUGGCAAAGUAUAUGUAUUCUACCACAUUUUGGGAAUCUAUUGAACAAAUUGUAGAAUUUUCAGAGCCUUUAGUAGAAGUCUUGAGACUAGUGGAUGGAGAGAACCCCCCCAUGGGAUAUGUGUAUGAGGCCAUGGAUAGGGCCAAGGAGGUGAUAAAGAGUAAGCUGGAAAAUAACAGGGAUAAGUAUAUGCCGUUGUGGGAUAUAAUUGAUAGGAGAUGGGAUGGACAAAUGCACACUCCUCUCCAUGCUGCAGGAUAUUUUCUCAAUCCUCUGUUAUUCUAUAAGACUGACUUCCUGGAAAUUGAUGCUGAGGUCAAAUGA